GAAGGAUGAGUAGCAGUAGGUCGUCGUCGCCAGAUGAUGAUCUGUGGCGAGUCCAUACCCACGUCUGGAAUAUCAUGUUCAACCACGCUAAAUCCAUGGCGCUCAAGUGCGCCGUCGAACUCGGAGUCGCCGACGUACUCCACGCCCACGGCGCAGCCCGCCCUAUGACCCUCUCUGUUCUCGCCUCCCAGCUGGCUGUUCCGCCCUCCAGAACCGCCGCCCUCGGCCGUGUCAUGCGCCUCCUCGUGCACUCCGGGAUCUUCACCCGAACCACAGCAUCCGCCGAGGAGGAAGAAGAAGAAGAAGAAGCUUACGCCCUCGCUCCCGCCUCCGCCACUCUGCUCGUGAAGCAGAAAACAGAGUGCUUGUCCCCGACGGUGCUCUUCGCGCUCAGCCCGAUGAUAUUGUCUCCCAUGCACUCUCUCAGCCAGUGGCUCACCGCCACCUGCCCCGCCGCCGCCGCGCCCUCCCCGUUCGAGUACUUCCACGGCAAGUCUAUUUUCGAGCUCGCCGCCGAGAACGCCGAGCUCAACCGCUUGUUCAACGAGGGCAUGGCCGCGGACUCCGGCGCCGUGGCCAAAGCGCUCGUCGGGGACCGCGGCCGCCACCUCUUCCACGGUCUCCGUUCUCUGGUGGACGUCGGAGGAGGGAGCGGCGACUUGGCCGUGGCCAUCGCCGCAGCCUUCCCGCAGAUGAAGUGCGUCGUGUUCGACCUCCCGCACGUGGUGGCUGCGUCGGAAUCAGGAACCAGGGAGACGACGGUGGAGGCCGUCGCCGGCGACAUGUUCGAAUCUAUCCCCCCUGCUCAGGCAGUGAUUCUCAAGUGGAUUUUGCAUGAUUGGAACGAUGAAAAUUGCGUGAGGAUAUUGCGAAACUGUAAGAAGGCAAUUCCUCCAGGGGAUGAAGGCGGGAAGGUGCUGAUUAUCGAAAUGGUGAUGGAAUCGGAGGAUGGAAGAAGUGAAGAAGAGGUGGAGACGCAGUUGCUGUUCGAUGUGCAUUUGCUGGGGGUCAUGGAGGGGAAGCAAAGAAGUGAAGCGGAGUGGGCAACCAUUUUCACGGCGGCUGGCUUCACCGACUACAAUAUAACCCCUCUUCUUGGCGUUCGCUCGAUCAUCCAAGUCUUCUAUUAGUUAAAUAUAAUCCAUCUGUUCCGGCAAUAAAUUAUGAUCUACUAAAGUUGGAUAUUUUACCAAGUCAGAUCCUCUUUUUUGAGUACUAGGUCCUGUAAUAUUAUGA